GUUCUAUUUCCAAAUGCUUUGCCGCACGACUAGCAGGGUGGUAAGUAAGAUCACAAAUGUGUGUGCAUACCAAACUACAGCCCCGCCUCAUGACAAAUUCCGCCGGGUUCUACGCAGCAUAGAGGGUUUCCAUCGUAGUUCCUCUUCAAACUUCUUCUUUCAUCUAAGUUUUUGGGCACCAAAAAAUGUCGUCGCCAUUGACUAUUGUUGGCACUAUUUUUCUUGCAACCUUUACAUCCUACUAUAUUCUUGUCACAUGGACCAGAAACAGAAGAGCUGCAGAAGCAAUUCGAGUCCAUGGCUGUAAAUCUAUUCCCAGGGUGCAAAGCUGGGACCCAAUCUUGGGUCUUGACACAUUUAUCCAGAUCCAAAUGGCAGACGCAGCAGGACGUCGUUCAGAAGCGUACAGAGCACUCCAUCGAAAGUAUGGACAGACAUUCUUGGUGAAUUCAUUGGGUACAGAGCUUCAGACAUCUCAACCAGAAAAUAUCCAAGCAAUUUGUACGUCGUCCUUCAACGAUUGGGGCGUGGGUCCCAUGAGGGGAACCAUCGGCAUCCCCUUCCUCGGUCGUGGAAUUUUCACAGAGGAUGGUGAAUUUUGGAAGCAUUCAAGAUCACUUGUUCGACCGACCUUCAGCAGAGCUGAAAUCGCGGAUCUGGAAAACUUUGAAAGUCACGUUGCGCGAUUUUUGACACAUAUCCCGAAAGAUGGCUCAACCUUUGACAUGCUUCCUCUAGUCAAACGAUUGUUCCUCGAUACAUCGACGGAGUUCUUGUUUGGUGACUCGACAGAAUGCCUCGCGGAACAGACACCCGUCGCAACGGAUGUGUUCAUGAAAUCAUUUGACCGCUCUCUUUUGGGGCUGGCGUUACUUCUGAUCUUUCGACCUAUUCGGUGGCCUCUUUACUUCGAUCCCUGGUGGAAAGAAGCCUAUACCAAUGUCCACGCAUUCGUCGAUAAACGUGUGUCAUUAGCCUUGGAGAAGCAACGCAGCGCAGACAAAGAAGCGGGGCCCAAAAGAUAUGUUCUCCUCGAAGAGAUGGCGAAGAUAACCCAAGACCCCUAUGACCUCCGCAUGCAUAUUAUUAAUGUUUUCUUCCCCGCUCGAGAUACAGCUGCGAUCGCUUUUGGGGAUAUCAUAUUCGAACUUGCUCGUCACCCCGCAGAAUGGAAAAAGCUCAAAGCGGAGGUUGAUAGUAUCAGUGCAACUCAAGCAUUGUCAUUUGAAUUUCUACGAUCAUUGAAGGUUACCAAGGCCAUAAUCAACGAGUCCUUACGCUUGCAUCCAGCCGCCUCGAGAUUAGGUAAGAUAUCUUUGAAAGAUACAGUGCUACCGAAAGGAGGUGGGGAAGAUGGUCGGUUCCCAAUCUUUGUACCCAAGGGUACUGUGGUCGAGUUGGAUCUUUACACAUUGCAAAGAGAUCCUACCAUAUGGGGAGCAGAUGCAGAUAUCUUUAGACCAGAUCGAUGGCUAGAUGUCAACCGCCCACUCUGGGAGGCGAAAUGGCAAUACGAGCCAUUUUUGGGAGGCAUCAGAAUGUGUCCUGCUCAGAACCAAGUUUUGAUCCAACUGUCCUAUCUUCUGGUUCGAUUGGCGCAAGAAAUCCAGCUCAUCGAAAAUAGGGACGAGGUUUUUGAAUACCUUGAACGCGUUACUAUGACCGUGGAAAGCAAGAACGGUGCCAAGAUUGCUGUCAAAUAUGUCAAUUAAUUCUUGAGCCAUGGAAGACAUUCAAUAAAUCAGUCCGAGUCAAGUAAACAUCACCUGUAAUGUCUAUUGAAGACAAAUUCACUUCUUCUUGUUCCAAUGAAUAUGACGCAUGCAGGAUAAACAGAUCUUUAAAUUGCCCUUCUGUCUAGAUUUUGUUCCAUCAAUAUUGACAUGGCUAAUUUGUCAUAUAAUGAAUCAUUUAAGAUUUGACUGAUGGCAACGGCUAUCUUGGCAAAUGGCAUGUGUUGAUUUGAGAAAAGUACCUUUUUGGUAACACUUCACACAAAUAUAGCAACAUCAGAGAAGGCUAUUAAAAAAAAGUCGAACCCAACGAUGUACCUCUAGCUUUGAAAUUCAAUCCUGAAGAUGAUUCAUAAACCAGACCAUAAAUUUUUGAUCGAAAAAGGUCCACGUGAUCGCCUUCUCUCUAUUUACAUGCUGAUACAACAAUCAGAGUGUGGAAUCCAGUCCAGGAUUACAAGUGGCAGCUGGAGAGGAUCGGUCACACAUGUCCUUCUUCCCCCGGGACGCCUCUCAGGCAGAAAAAGGAACAGCACAAUAGUGUUGAGAUGGUA